CUGGGCAGCGACUCCGCUUGGGCGCAGAACGACACGGAGCCCAUCGUCCUGGAGGGCAAGUGCCUGGUGGUUUGCGACUCCAACCCGGCUACCGACACCAAGGGCUCGUCCUCCUCCCCUCUGGGUAUCUCCGUGCGAGCAGCCAACUCCAAGGUUGCCUUCUCGGCCGUGCGAAGCACCAACCACGAGCCCUCCGAGAUGAGCAACAAGACGCGCAUCAUCUACUUCGACCAGAUCCUAGUAAACGUGGGCAAUUUUUUCACGUUGGAGUCUGUCUUUGUAGCACCAAGAAAAGGAAUUUACAGUUUCAAUUUUCACGUAAUUAAAGUCUAUCAGAGCCAAACCAUUCAGGUCAAUCUGAUGCUGAAUGGAAAGCCAGUGAUCUCUGCUUUUGCUGGGGACAAGGAUGUCACACGUGAAGCUGCCACUAAUGGAGUCCUGCUCUACCUGGACAAGGAGGAUAAGGUUUACCUGAAGCUGGAGAAAGGUAAUCUGGUCGGUGGCUGGCAGUACUCUACAUUUUCUGGCUUUCUGGUCUUUCCCCUGUAAAGUCAAUUUUCCUGUGACAUUCAUCCAGGUGUGGACUCAUCAUUCUUACAUGAAGAUCAUUUUAGCCUCAUGGGAUUGAUGUUUCUUUCUUGGUUUUUCAUGGGUGGCUAUGGAUUUUCUCUAUGGAUUUUGGCCCCGUCUGAACUACUCAGAAGUUUCACAGAUUUUUUGUCUGUUUCAAUACAUUUGGACUGAGACUAAAGCAGACAAUAAGUAUCUGUGCUUAACCUUACAUUCUAAAGCUGCCUGCAAGAUUUAUUCCAAUUGCAUCUUCUGGACUUACUGGAUUCAUGGCAGAAGUGGAUUUUCUUGCAUUAUGAAAAGACUGGCAACCAGGUCUUUAAUUUAGGAGAGUUUGAGUUGAGACCUCAGUCAAGAGUUUAGUGUGUUGCUGCCAAAGAACUGUAUAUUGAU